CCGGGACCGGCCCCGAGCGCAGCCACCGCAGCUUCUGCUUUCGGGCUGUCGGUGACGCCCCCGGACACCGGCGGGGGAGGCAGAGCCCGGGGCGGCCUCACGCACCCUCCCGGCCCCGAAAGCGGAACCGGGGCUCCCCCGGAGGGGCCGUGCGGGGCCCCUGUUCCUCUUUCGGACCGAGGGCGGCCCGCGGUGCCCGCUGGUGUCCCCAGGCCAUGGAGCCCCCGCGGCGGGUGCGCCUCAAGCCCUGGCUGGUGGCCCAGGUGAGCAGCCGGCGCUUCCCGGGGCUGCACUGGCUCGACGCCGAGCACCGCCGCUUCGUCAUCCCCUGGGGACAGGCCACCAGGAACGCCCCGGGGCCCCAGGACCACGACACCAUCUUCAAGGCGUGGGCGCAGGAGACGGGCCGGUUCCGGGCCGGGGACCCGCCGGACCCCCCGCGCUGGAAGGCCACGCUGCGCUGCGCCCUCAACAAGAGCCGCGAGUUCCGGCUGCUGCUGGACGGGCCCCGCGGGUCCCCGGCCCGGCCCUUCCGCGUGUACGAGCUCUGCGAGGAGGCCCCCGGGGGCGCAGAUGGGGGGGACGAGGAUAACUAUGGCUGCAGUGGGGAGGAAGACGUCAGCCAGCUCCACAAGAUGACAUCCCUGAGCAUCGAUGACACGCGGCACGAGGGGGACCUGCUGCCCCCCUACCCCUGGCCCAAGGAGAAGGUUCCCCCUUUUGCCAACCACUGCCCCCCGGGGGGGCCCUUUGGGCCUCCCCCCCCGGCGCUGCUCCAGGGGGAGGCAGGGGGCACCCACGGGGCCCCUGAGCUGCUCCCCGGGGCCCUCGCUGAGAUGGGGCCCCCCCUGGCCCCCCCGGGGCCCUCGUCCACCUGCCCGGUGGCACCGACAGAGCACCUGAUCCCCGACCUGCUGGUCAGCCCACACAUGCUGCCACUGACUGACCUGGAGCUGAAGUUCCAGUACCGGGGCCGCCAGGUGUGCGCCCUGACCGUCAGCAACCCCCACGGCUGCCGGCUGUUCCACAGCAGCCUGGAGCCCACGCGGGAGCAGGAGGAGCUCUUCGGGCCCCUGACGCUGGAGCAGGUGCCCUUCCCUGCUCCCGACACCAUUCCCAACGAGAAGCAGCGCUUCUACACCCACCAGCUGCUGGACGUGCUGGACCGAGGGCUCAUCCUGGAGCUCCAGGGCCAGGACCUCUUCGCCCUCCGGCUCUGCCAGUGCAAGGUCUUCUGGACAGGGCCCUGUGCCGCUCCCCGGCCCGGCCCCAACCCCAUCCAGAGGGAGACAAGGACCAAGCUCUUCAGCCUCGAGGGCUUCCUCAACGGCCUGAUCCAGUUCCAGAAGGGGCAGACCCCCACCCCGCCCCCCUUUGAGAUCUUCCUCUGCUUCGGCGAGGAGUGGCCGGACCAGAAGCCCAAGGAGAAGAAGCUGAUCACGGUGCAGGUGGUGCCGGUGGCGGCGCGGCUGCUGCUGGAGAUGUUCUCCGGGGAGCUGUCCUGGUCGGCCGACAGCAUCCCGCUGCAGAUCUCGCACCCCGACCUCAAGGACAGGAUGGUGGAGCAGUUCAAGGAGCUGCACCAGCUCUGGCAGAGCCACCAGCGGCUGCCGCCGGCGCAGCCCCAGCCCGGCCCCUCCGCAGGGCCCUGGGCGCUGCCCCCCGGCCCCCUGCCCCACUGACAGGGACACGGGGACAGCCGUGGCACCGCCAGCCGGGUUUUUUGUUGUUUUUUAUUGUUCUCGAGAUGGCUACACACCCCCGGAGGGAACCGCAUGCGCCCGCCCGCCCUGCCUGCACUCGAGCCACCGCCUCCUACCCCAAAAAUCAAACCAAAGAAAACCCCGAAAAAGGGAAGAAAAAAAAAAAAAAGAAAACAA